AUGGAAAAUAAUGCAAAAGAUUCAUCAGCAGCAUCAGGGGCACCACCACAAGCGGAGGAGCUAUUAAAGAAGCUCCAAGAAUUGGAAACUGGCCAUGCCCAGUUAAAGCAAGAGAUGUCUAAGCUCACGAGUUCACCACAAUCAACUGUGCAUCAAAAUUACAAGCAGAGGUCCCAUUCAAUUUCCCCUCAGCGGAUGCCGUGGAGGAGGGCUGGUGGAGGAGAUGGUGGUUUAGUGGCAUCAUUCCGGCACUCAUCGCCUUUGCAGCGCGAGAGUAGCAGUAAGGAUGUGCAUAGUGGCAGUGGUUGUGGGGCUGGGGGUGGUGGUGGAGUUGGAGGAGGGCCAGCGGCUGUGAAGUUCACAGAUAAGCAAUAUUUGAAUAUAUUGCAGUCAAUGGGACAGUCAGUGCAUAUACUUGAUCUGAAUGGUCGUAUAGUUUACUGGAACAGAAGUGCUGAAAAUCUUUAUGGAUAUUCAGCUUCCGAAGCUUUAGGGAAAGAUAUCCUUGAGCUCCUAACAGAUGACCGAGACUUUGCUGUGGGAAGAAAUAUAUUGCGACGUGUAAUGAUGGGGGAGAAUUGGACGGGGCAGUUUCCUGUUAAGCAUAAGAGAGGUGAGAGGUUUUCAGUUAUUGCAACAGAUACCCCUUUCUAUGAUGAUGAUGGCUCUUUGGUCGGGAUUAUAUGCGUCUCCUGUGAUUCAAGACCUUUCCUAGAAGCGAAUGCAGUAAUAUCCGCACCUAAGCCGGUGGAAACUAGUUCAAGAUUUAGCAGGCCAAGACUUUUUGCUUCAGCCAAACUUGGACUUGAUCCUCAGCAGCCUCUACAAGCUGCUAUUUCCUCCAAAAUAUCAAAUUUGGCUUCCAAAGUCAGUGAGAAAGUUAAGUCAAAAAUAAGAUCUGGAGAGAACAGUUUGGAUCAUGAUAUUGGAAGUGAAGAUAGUCAUCACUCUGAUAAUGGUUUCUUGGAUACUGCUCUCUCUGACCAUAGGGAAGAUGCAGCUUCAAGUGGAGCCAGUACGCCCAGAGGAGAUAUGCAUCCGUUUCCUUUUGGCGUGUUCUCUGGGGGUAGUCAUGAGGAGCACUCCCCAAUUAAUCCAUCAAGAGAUUCUGGUGACAAGAGCGAAGGAAAACCUGGUAUCUCUAAGAUCAUUACCUCGAAAGCCGAAGCUUGGAUUGGUAAGAAAGGUUUGGCAUGGCCGUGGAAAGGAAAUGAACGAGAUGGAUCAGAAACAAAGACAUAUCAUCCUGUCUGCCCGUGUUUACACAAUGACCAGGACAACGAGUUGGGUCAGCGGAAGAGUGCAUCAAAGUCAGUAAAUCUGGUUACUGAAAAUCACUGGAGUGCUCAUAGCGAGGCUUCAGGAUCUUGGUCCUCGCCGUUCAAUGUUAACAGCACAAGCACGGUUAGCAGUGGUGGAAGUACUAGCAGUACUACUGUUAAUAAAAUCGAUACCGUAUCUGACUUCUUAGAUUAUGAAAUCUUGUGGGAGGACUUGACAAUUGGAGAACAGAUUGGUCAAGGUUCUUGUGGAACUGUGUAUCAUGCUCUGUGGUAUGGAUCCGAUGUUGCCGUCAAGGUAUUUUCCAGGCAAGAAUAUUCUGACGACGUAAUAUUUUCCUUCAGACAGGAGGUGUCACUUAUGAAAAGACUUCGACAUCCUAAUAUUCUGCUCUUCAUGGGUGCUGUUACUUCGCCUCAACGUCUUUGUAUUGUUACAGAGUUUCUUCCUCGUGGGAGUUUGUUCCGGUUAUUACAGAGGCAUACAUCAAAAUUAGAUUGGAGGCGACACAUUUACAUGGCUUUGGAUAUUGCACGAGGCAUGAAUUAUCUUCAUCGUUGCAAUCCACCUAUUGUUCAUCGUGAUUUAAAGUCAUCCAAUCUUCUCGUUGACAAGAACUGGACUGUGAAGGUUGGUGAUUUUGGUCUCUCACGGCUUAAACAUGAAACUUAUUUGACAACAAAGACGGGGAAAGGAACGCCUCAAUGGAUGGCUCCAGAAGUACUUCGUAAUGAACCCUCAGACGAGAAGGCUGAUGUGUACAGCUUUGGUGUAAUACUAUGGGAGCUCGUUACCCAGAAGAUUCCUUGGGAUAACCUCAACUCCAUGCAGGUAAUUGGAGCUGUAGGGUUUAUGAACCAACGGCUAGAGAUUCCGAUGGACGUUGAUCCACAAUGGGCUUCUAUCAUUGAGAGCUGCUGGCAAAGUGAACCACAGUACCGGCCAUCGUUCCAAGAACUAGUGGACAAGCUUAAAGAUCUGCAUAGACAAUAUGCCAUUCAAUUUCAAACUGGUCGUAGCGUUGCUGGAGAUAGUGGCCAAAAAGAACUGAAAGGAGAUAUGGAGGAAAGAUAUGCAGUGCUUAAACUAACCUUUGAUGCUUUUGUCUUAGGGAAGGAGAUAUUAAGAAAAGUUUUAGGAUUUAAUUCUUUAAUCAUUUGUCAGAAAAUGAUGAGCUUGCUUGGUGAAAGGUCUGCUGCACGCACACGAGGCAUUGAAUUACAGAUGUUUUGUUUGCUGAGAUCACGAUCAAGAGUCAAGUUGUAA